AUGGUUGAGAAUCACGGCAUAACCAGGCCACUCAAGAGGGGUCGUAGGUCUAACAGGAUCACCGCGGGUGCCGACCUCUCCGAUUUCCUCGCUUUUCCUUCACCUUCUAUCGCCGCCUCCGCUUCCGGGAAGCCUUUCCGUGACGCUGUUCGGAGCUUCCUCUCUGCUAACGCUCGACUCACGACGGCCUUUGCUCCGCCUGUCCUUCCUUGCCUUAUGACGUGGCAGAUCCUGUUUAGAUUUGGCGGUUUUGAUCCGGACGCCAACGAUCCUUCGCCGAUCGUCGUGUCGCUUUAUGUCAUCGAGGAAGAUGUCACUAGAUCGUCUAGAUCUGUGUAUUGUGACCAGUGCCGUGUCGUUGGUUGGAGCGGCCAUCCAGUUUGCAAAAAGAGAUAUCAUUUUGUAAUAAAGUCUUCUUGUGAUAAUGGGAUCUGCGCCAAUCCUCACCAUAUCUCAGAUUCAAGGAGAUGCAAAUGUUGUAAUAGAGUAGAUGAUGUUGAUGUUGAAGAAUGGGGGUAUUCACAGUUGGAAGAUAAUAAUACUCAUUUGCUGCAUGGUGUUGUUCAUUCUAAUGGUUAUGGCCAUCUUCUCACUGUUAAUGGUAGAGAAGGAGGCUCUGAGUUUCUCUCUGGUUUUCAUAUCAUGAACUUCUGGGAUAGAUUAUGUACUGUUUUAUCUGUCAGGAAGGUAACUGUGAUGGAUGUAUCAAAGAAAUAUGGUAUGGAAUACAGGCUACUACAUGCAAUUGCCAGAGGGCAUUCCUGGUAUGGUAAUUGGGGUUAUGAGUUUGGGUCAGGAAGUUAUGCCCUCACACAAGAUGCUUACAAGAGAGCAGUGGAUGACCUUUCGAAUAUGCCUUUGUCAGCACUUCUGUUUCAAGGGAAUAAAUCCCGAACUCGCCUUCAGAACAUUGUUGCUUUUUAUCAAUCCUUAUCAUGUUCGGAACUUUCAACGUUUAGAGAUUUGUUUUCAUUCCUCCUAAGACUAAUUACUGACAGCCACAAGGCCUCAAUGCCUAAAGCAUCUAAAAUGUCAAAAUCUUCCACUAAUGUAUUGUGUGCGUGGACAAGAAAUGAUGUAGAGAAGUUGCAGCAAGGUAUGAUUAAAGUGCUCAUGGCUGCAGCACCAGGUCCUAACUGGGUGAGUAGGCGUGCUCUUAAGGGUGUCAUGUGCAAGGCAGGAUCCCCUGAACUACUUGAUUACUGCCUUAAACACUUGAGAGGGAAAUUGGCACCCAAUGGAAAGGUAGUUGAGGCACGUUCCAAUCUGAAUUCCAGUGAUAUCGAGUUCAGGCUUCAGACUCCUUGUUCUUUGCUCUACGACUCAAAUUGCCCAUCGGAAGAGCACAUCAAGGGUGAUCUAAGAUAUAUGUUAGAUUCUUUGCUCGACCCUGAAACCAUGUCGGCAUACAGGCCUUAUGCAACAAGGGAACGCGUGAUGGAUUUGGCUACUAAACUUCUUGAUUGCAAGCAAUUUUUGAAAGACUACAAACCAAAUGCUCACAAUCCCUGCGCUAUUUGUGUUUGGUGUCAUUUAGAGCUUUCUAACCCUACUAAAGAUGAUCCAGUUCCACCGCCCGAGCUCAUCAUUUUACCUCUCAGUGCUACUGUCGGUGACCUUAAAACUGAAGCUACAAAAGUUUUUGAAGAUGUAUAUGCCAUGUUUAAGAGGCUUCAAAUUGAGGACCUACCUGACUAUGGUUCCGUAGAAGACAGCAUAACCCUGAAAUUGUUGAUUGGCACAACUGGUUCAGUUCGAGUGCGAGGCAAAUGUACAUCAAGACAUGGCCUUAAUCGGUUUCGAAUGGAGAGGGGAACAGAAAAUUGGACAGUUGACUGUGUUUGUGGGGCCAAGGAUGAUGACGGUGAAAGAAUGUUGGCUUGUGAUAAAUGCAGUGUUUGGCAACACACAAGGUGUGCUGGGAUCGACAAUGCCGAUGCAAUACCUUCAAUGUUCAUAUGCAUGAGAUGUACAAAGUCCCUUCACAAGAAAUCUUUAACCAUUACUAAUUCUGGAAAGGAAGCUAGAAAUUUUUCUCAACAGCUCAACAGUUCUUGUAGGGGAAACUUGGGAAGUAAUGAAGGUUCUCAAGUUACUACUACCUUGAUAGUACGAUGAAUGUAUGUAGUGCAAUGUGUGUAAACAACGUAAAUAGCUUAAAAAAGGGGAGACUGUUAAUAUAGGGCUUUUUUUUUCUCCCACCUUUUGUUGUACUGUAUUGCUGUUUGUUCGACAUAUAUAUUAAUGAAACCAAGAAAAAUUCUAUUUAUUUGGGUAAAGAA